AUGCGUGUGGUCACCAUUGUAAUCCUGCUCUUCUUUUGUAAAGCCGCUGAGCUCCACAGGGCAAGCCCUGGGGGCUCCCGAAGCCAGGCGAAUCAUGGCAGGGCCAGAGGGGGCCGGAGAGCCUCCAAUCUGGUCAAACGCUAUGCGCCAGGCCUCCCCUGUGAAGUGUACACUUAUCUUCACGAGAAAUACUUAGAUUGCCAAGAAAGAAAACUAGUAUACGUGCUGCCCGGCUGGCCCCAGGAUUUGCUGCACAUGUUGUUAGCAAGAAACAAGAUCCGCAUAUUGAAGAACAACAUGUUUUCCAAGUUCAAAAAGCUGAAGAGCCUGGAUCUGCAACAGAAUGAGAUCUCCAAAAUUGAGAGUGAGGCUUUCUUUGGUUUAAACAAACUUACCACCCUCUUACUGCAGCACAACCAGAUCAAAGUUUUGACAGAGGAGGUGUUCAUUUACAUGCCUCUCCUGAGCUACCUGCGCCUGUAUGACAACCCUUGGCACUGUACUUGUGAGAUAGAAACACUUAUCUCAAUGUUGCAGGUUCCAAGGAACCGGAAUUUGGGGAACUAUGCCAAAUGUGAAAGCCCACAGGAACUAAAAAAAAAAAAACUGCGGCAGAUAAAAUCUGAACAGUUAUGUAAUGAAGAAGAACAGGAACAACUGGACCCGAAACCUCUAGUGUCAGGGAGACCUCCAGUCAUCAAGCCUGAGGUGGACUCUACUCUUUGUCACAAUUACGUCUUCCCCAUACAAACGCUGGACUGCAAAAGAAAAGCUGCUUUUUCAGGGCUCACACAUUUAGAAGAGUUAGACUUAUCAAACAACAGUUUGCAAAACUUUGACUAUGGAGUAUUAGAAGAUUUGUAUUUUUUGAAACUUUUGUGGCUCAGAGAUAACCCCUGGAGAUGUGACUACAACAUCCACUACCUCUACUACUGGUUAAAGCACCAUUACAAUGUCCACUAUAAUGGCCUGGAGUGCAAAAUGCCUGAAGAAUACAAAGGGUGGUUUGUGGGAAAAUAUGUUCGGAGUUACUACGAAGAAUGCCCCAAAGACAAGUUACCAGCAUACCCGGAAACAUUUGACCAGGAUACUGAAGAUGACGAAUGGGAAAAAAUACAUAGGGAUCACACAGCAAAGAAACAAAGUGUAAGAAUCACUAUCGUGGGAUAA